CUGGAUUAUGCAACUAUCUGGCGAUAUUUUGGACACGAUGAGCCAACGUCCUAGGUUAAACUCGGUUAAGCUUACCCAAAUGACAAGUAGAAUGAUUCAAUGAAGAAGGCUUCUUCGGUCAAAGGAUAUAUGCAUGAGUCGUGGCUAUAAGUUCUUGUAGUCCCGCUUUUGAUGCCUUUGUUUUGGGGAUUCAGUGUCUCCUGAUACCUGACUCACACAUCACAACAUGACAGAAACAUCCGACCGCAGCAUGGAGGAAAAACCUUCGCCUGUGCAGCACCUGGAGUCAAUUCGCCUGGAAGACGGGAAAAAUGAUGAGCGUCCUGUAUUUGGCAUUGAUGAGGCCCAUCAGAAGAAAGUAAUGCGACGAAUUGACUGGCGCCUUCUACCCGUCCUAGGAAUAAUGUACUCGAUAUCCCUGAUCGAUCGUACCAACCUCGGUCUUGCCUUUGUGGCGGGCAUGGAGGAAGACCUUGGGCUUGAUAUUGGUGCACGGUAUACCAUUAUGGUGAUGGUGUUUUUUGUGGCAUACAUCGUAUUUGAAAUUCCUAGUAAUCUUAUUCUCCCCAAAGCCGGGGCGGCUAAUUGGCUUGCUUUUCUCGGCAUAGGUUUCGGGGCGAUACUGAUCGGAAUGGGGUUCACGUAUAACUGGAAAACAAUGACAGUUUGUCGAGCUCUCCUUGGGACCAUGGAGGCUGGAUUUAUGCCAGGGUGCACCUACUUGAUUACCUGCUGGUAUAAACGGUUCGAGGUUGGCAAAAGACUGGCGACAUUCUGGUUGAUGUCGGUGGUUUUGAACGCCUUUGCGGCCAUCUUUGCUUAUGCAUUGACCCUGUUGAAGGGGACUCAUGGUCUCAAUGGAUGGAGAUGGAUCUUUAUUGUCGAGGGCGCAAUCACAGUCGGAGUGUGUGCUAUUGGAUGGUUCAUUAUCAUUGAUUUUCCAACCAAAGCAGACGGCUUCUUGUCGCCCGAAGAGAAGCAGUUUGUUAUCGAUCGGAUCAACUAUGACCGUGGAGAUGCAGAAGAGGAUCCAUUGACUGCGGCAAAGAUACUGCACCAUCUCAAGGACUGGAAGCUCUAUUUCUGGGCGUUUAACCUUAUGGCGUCAACGCUCCCUGGAUAUGCAUACAGCUACUUCAAGACAAUUAUCCUAACUGGAAUGGGAUUCACAGGGACGGAGAGCCAGCUUCUCAGUGCCCCACCGUAUAUCCUUGCGGCCGCCGUCACCUACAUCUCGGGCUGGCUGACGGAUCGAUAUCAGAUCCGAGGCCCUGUGAUUGCUGUACAUCAAGUGCUUACAGCGGCUGGUAUGCUGGUCACAGCGUAUGCCAAAUCAAACGCGGCGCGAUAUUUUGGGGUUUUCCUGGGCGUGGGAUUCCUGCAGUUCUGCAUCCCAGGGGUACUUGCGUACCAGGCAAACAACAUCACCUCACACUCAAAACGCGCUGUGGCAUCCGCGACUUGUUUAAUUGGCGGAGGGGUUGGUGGGAUCAUUGCGAGCGUGACUUUCAAGUCGGAUGAGAGUCCAUACUACACGACGGGGAUCUGGGUGACGUUUGGAGUAACGAUGGUCAGCGUCGUGAUGACGGCAAUGAUGGACAUGUAUUUCUGGAAGAAGAACAAGAGGGCGCGAGAGACAGGAGAGCAGAUGGAAGGGAUGGAUAACUGGUACUACACCCUAUAGGUUGUUUGAGAGAGCAGACCCAAUGGAUUGUGGUCCACUGCUCUUUGUUCUCUGAGACGGUGCCAAGGCGCCUAUCCAUUUUGGGACAUUGCGUCACUUGGGCCAGUUGCUGUGCCGCCAGGAACCAACUCUUCGAUAAACAUGGAUCCAAGACAAGAUUAAUAUAACAAUUUAUCCUAUACUUCCGGUU